CAGGCCGGCCUCCUCUCCCGGGCCGGCUUCCUGGUCCCCGGGCCAACUCGGACAGUUGGCUCAUUUGUUGCAACGGUCAAGGCCGGCUCGUGCCAGCGCGCGCGCGCGCACACGCACACACACAUACUCACACGCGGGGCAAACUUGUAAGAAAAUGGACCGCUAGGCCGGCGGCUCCGCGGCGCGGGCGUUGCGCGCGGGCUCCGAGGCGACUCGUCGCGGCGCCAGGGUCCUGGGUGCGACGCCCGGCCGCAGCCCUGCGCCCCCGUGGGAUGGUGCCGCGCUCGCCGGCCGGCCCGCAGCUGCUGCACCCAAGGCCAGCGACGAUGGCCACGCGCCCGCCGCCCGCGCCCCCCGCGCGCGCCUGCCUACUCGUCCUCCUGGCCGGGGCUCUGCUCGCGCCCCGCGCGGCCCGAGGGGCCAGCAUCUGGGACCACGGAGCCGCCCCUGGGGUCGUCAGCACCUCCCUCUGGGACAGAGACCACUGGAUCUCAGCAGACAGCAUCCACUCGCAGAAUCAUCCAGAAGUGUUGACUGUUCGAAUACAACUGGAAGACAAAGAGCUGAUCUUAAACUUGGAAAGAAAUGAAGGCCUCAUCGCCAGCAGCUUCACGGAAACCCACUACCUGCAAGACGGCACCGAUGUCUCUCUCGCUCGAAAUCACACGGGUCACUGUUACUACCACGGUCAUGUGCGAGGAGACGCUGGUUCCGCCGUCAGUCUCAGCACUUGCUCUGGUCUCAGGGGACUUAUAGUGUUUGAAAAUAAAACCUACAUCCUAGAGCCGGUGAAGAACACAACCUACGGCUACAAGCUCUCCGCAGCGCAGAGCCUCGGGAGCACGUGGGCGACGUGUGGAUGGCACCAGAACUCGUCACAGCUCCCUGCCACUCACAUGCUCCCACUACCCGCUCGGAUGCCGCCCAGAAGGCGUAAGAGAGAGACACUCAAGACGACCAAGUACGUGGAGCUGGUUAUUGUGGCCGACAACCGAGAGUUUCAGAGACAAGGAAAGGACCUGGAGAAAGUCAAGCAGCGAUUAAUAGAGAUUGCUAAUCAUGUGGACAAGUUUUACAGGCCACUGAACAUCCGGAUCGUGCUGGUGGGUGUGGAAGUGUGGACCGACAUCGACAAGUGCUCCAUCAGCCAGGACCCGUUCUCCAGCCUCCACGAGUUCCUGGACUGGAGGAAGGUGAAGCUCUUGCCUCGCAAAUCCCACGACAACGCACAGCUCAUCAGUGGGGUUUCCUUCCAAGGCACCACCAUCGGCAUGGCGCCCAUCAUGAGCAUGUGCACUGCGGAGCAGUCUGGAGGUGUCGUCAUGGACCAUUCAGACAGCCCCCUUGGUGCGGCCGUGACCCUGGCACACGAGCUGGGCCACAACUUCGGGAUGAACCACGACACCCUGGAGCGAGGCUGCAGGUGCAGGACAGCUGCUGACAAAGGAGGCUGCAUCAUGAACCCCUCCACUGGGUUUCCGUUCCCCAUGGUGUUCAGCAGCUGUAGCAAGAAGGACUUGGAGACCAGCCUGGAGAAGGGAAUGGGCAUGUGCCUCUUCAACCUGCCUGAGGUCAAGCAGCCCUUCGGGGGCCGGAAAUGCGGGAACGGAUACGUGGAGGACGGAGAGCAGUGCGACUGUGGGGAGCUGGAGGAAUGCACAAACCGCUGCUGCAAUGCCACCACUUGCACACUGAAACCUGAAGCUGUGUGCGCACACGGGCUGUGCUGUGAGGACUGCCAGCUGAAGCCAGCGGGGACAGCGUGCAGGGGCUCCAGCAAUGCCUGUGACCUCCCGGAGUUCUGCACGGGGACCAGUCCACACUGUCCAGCCAACGUGUACCUGCAUGACGGGCACCCAUGCCAGGGAGUGGAUGGCUAUUGCUACAAUGGCAUCUGCCAGACCCAUGAGCAGCAGUGUGUCACCCUGUGGGGACCAGGUGCCAAGCCUGCCCCCAGGAUCUGCUUCGAGAGAGUCAACUCUGCCGGGGACCCAUACGGCAACUGCGGCAAGGACUCCAAGAGCUCCUUUGCCAAGUGCGAGAUGAGAGAUGCUAAAUGCGGGAAAAUCCAGUGCCAAGGAGGUGCCAGUCGGCCAGUCAUCGGGACCAAUGCUGUUUCCAUAGAAACAAACAUCCCACUACAGGAAGGAGGCCGGAUUCUCUGCCGGGGGACCCACGUGUACUUGGGCGAUGACCUGCCUGACCCAGGACUGGUGCUUGCCGGCACCAAGUGUGCAGACGGAAAGAUCUGCCUUAACCGUCGAUGUCAAAAUGUGAGCGUCUUUGGUGUCCACGAGUGUGCCAGGCAGUGCCAUGGCAGAGGGGUGUGUAACAACAGGAAGAACUGUCACUGCGAGGCCCACUGGGCACCCCCAUUCUGCGACAAGGUGGGCUUCGGAGGAAGCACAGACAGCGGCCCCAUCCGGCAAGCAGAUAACCGAGGCUUAACGAUAGGAAUCCUGGUGACAACGCUGUGUCUUCUCGUGGCUGGAUUUGUGGUUUACGUCAAAAGAAAGACCUUGAUCCGACUGCUCUUUACAAACAAGAAAACGACCUUUGAGAAGCUAAGGUGCGUGCGCCCUUCCCCGCCCGCCAGAAGCUCCCAACCUCGUCAGCCUCGCCUCCUGCCCCUCGGGAAGGGGCUGAUGAACAGGCAACCACGUUCUCACACACCAAAGGACAGGACCAGGAGGCUGCCACAAGGCCCAGAUGUUGACAUCAGCAAACCCCUCAACCACCACCUCGAUGUCCCUCAGCCCCAGUCACCCCAGCGAGUGCUCCCACCCCUCCACCAGGUCCCGCGUGCACCCCGCGUCCCUGCCAGACCCCUGCCAGCCAACCCUGCACUCAGGCAAGCCCAGGGAACGCCGAAGCCCAGCCCUCCUCAGAGACCCCUGCCCGCGGACCCUUUGAGCAGGACGGCACGGCUCCCCGGCGCCUCAGCAAGGGCCCUGGCACCCCACGAGCCUGUGUGCCACGCUGCGCCUGUCAGACCUGCUCCUUACUGUCCACGCCAAGUGCCCAGGUCCACCCCUGCCGCCCACGUGAAGUGACCAACAACCGCCGCUACAGUGAAGACAGAAGUUUGCACUAUCUCAGCUCUGCCUGGAGUUAUUUUGAUACCAACCCUAGGACUCUUUUUUUUAUGUUUCAAACAACAGUAUCUUAAGCACUUUGAGCUACUGCUGUCGGUGCUGUGGUGCUCUGUACACUGGCUCAGGUACUUGUAAGUUAUUAAUUUAUGCGGAGCUUCUAUUACAGUGUGGUGUGCUAUAGUGGGCAUGUUUGCCAUCCCUGAGUUUUCCAUGGAAGGCAGGCUUGUUGUGCUUUUCAUUUCAUGAACUUGAACUAGUCCUGCUUGCUGG